AUGUCUGCUCUCAUGCCAAUGGCGACCUACGCUUUAGCCGUGCCAUCGGGUGACAUGGUCGUCUCAGCAGGCACCGAGAUCCCCUCGGCCUUUCGCAUCACCAUGGCUGCUAUUGACCCGAGUGCGAAGCCGGACGGCGCUGAGGGUGCUGCUCCACGAGCUACCCUAAAGAUUCUGCGUCGUCCGCUCGAGCUGUGGGACGACGAUGAAGACGAGGAUGACGAGGACGAUGAUGAGGAGGACUUUGAUGCUGACAUGAUGGAGAAGAUGCUUGCGGGUGAGCUCGUAGACGGCGACGAUGAGGAUGACGAGGACGAAGACGAGGAGGACGAUGAGGAUGACGAAGACGAUGAGGAGCUCAAUGGCGGUCCAAGCGACCCUAGCAAAGGCAAGAAGGCCCGUACUGAGGCUGCUAUCAAGAAGCUCAUUGGUGACGGCAUGGAUGUGGAUGGCGACGAUCAGGAGGUGAAGCUAAACGGUGUGAAUGGCGUUGCAAAGUCCGCCAAGGCCAAGGGCAAGAUGCCCGCUGGUGACCUUGAGGAAGAUGAUGAGGACGACGAGGAGGACGAUGACGAUAUCGACAUCGAUGAUCUCGAAGGGGAGAUUGAGGAGUUCGUCCUCUGCACGCUGGACCCUGAAAAGAACUAUCAGCAACCGCUCGAUAUUGUCAUCGGCGACAACGAGCCUGUCUGGUUCAAGGUCUCCGGCACUCAUACCAUCUACCUUACUGGAAACUAUGUCGAGCCGGCUCAGGACAACUCUGGCAUGUACGAUCCCGACGACGACGAGGACGAAGAGUACGACCUGGAUCCGGAUGAGGAUGAGCUUGAGGACGAUGAAGACGAGGAGGAGGACGAGCUUGAUGAUAUGGCUGAUCCUCGCAUCAUGGAGCUUGACGAGGAAGACGAGGAUGACGAAAUCGACGUACCCGAGCUCGUUAAGGUGGCGACUAAGGCAGCCGCGCCCAAGGCAGACAAGAAGACCAACAAGAAGCGCCCCGCUGAGGACGAUGAGGAGCCGCAGACGUUGGAUGAGAUGAUUCAGCAAGAGUCUGCCAAAGCUGACGAGCCCAAGGCCGAGGAGCCAAAGCUAAGCAAGAAGCAGUUGAAGAAGCUCAAGAAGAACGAUGGCACUGCUGCCAAGGUUGAGUCUGCGGACAAGCCUGCCGAAGUACCAUCAUCCCAGAAAUCCGACAAGAAAGUCUCCUUUGCCAAAGAGCUCGAGCAAGGCCCGACGCCAACCAAGGAGAAAACUGCCACUGCCAACAAGACCGCCGAGAAGGAGAAGACAAAAGCCUCCCUUGGCGUCAAGACGGUCCAAGGCGUAACAAUCGACGACCGCAAGCUCGGUGAGGGUCAAGCAGCCAAGGCCGGUGACCGCGUCGGUAUGCGCUACAUUGGCAAGCUUGCAAACGGCAAGGUCUUCGACAGCAAUAAGAAGGGCAAGCCAUUCAGCUUCAAGCUCGGCGCCGGCGACGUCAUCAAGGGGUGGGACAUCGGUAUUCAGGGCAUGAGUGUUGGUGGCGAGCGUCGCGUCACCAUCCCGGCUCAUCUCGCUUAUGGAGCCAAGGGUGCUGGCAAGGAUAUCCCGCCAAACUCGGUCUUGACGUUCGAUGUUAAGCUCAUCGAACUCAAUAAGGGAAAGUAG